AUGGGAAACGUUCUGCUUGCAAUGGUGCUACUAUGCCUGGCUGCCUUAGUUUCUUCACAAUACUUUGGAGGCCCUCAUCGUCACCAUUAUCACCAUCAUCACAGUCAUUCACAUUCGCAUGAGUACCAUGGUCAUCAUCAUCAUCAUGGCCAUUACGGAGGCGGCUACGGUAGCGGGUAUGGAUCAAGACCAUUUUCUGGUGGUGGACAUUCCAUUGGUGGCAUUAAUCCCUAUGGAGGACUAGGAGGUUCCUAUCUUGGUGGUCGUCAUGGGGGUAUUGGUCAUCUAGGAGGAUUAGGCUACGGGCAAUACGGGCAUCCUGUCCCGAUUCGGAAAUAG